AGCUACAGCGCUGUUUCUCGGAUGAUUUCAUUUCUUCAUCUAUUGAAUCUAAAAAAAACAAAUAUGGUUGUCUUAAAACUAAUAUUUCUGCUGAGUAUGUGGAGCUUUACUGUUACAGGAACGGAGCUAUGGUUUAGGCAUUAUCGACCAAAGAACAGCUCUGUGUGUCUCAAUGUCACAAAACCUCCUCCAUAUCGAAGCUUUACCUGGACGUUUAAUGGAACACUUGUAGCUGAUCAGGAAUCUGUCGUUCCACACUAUGAAGAGAGAAUAGUUUUCACUUCUGGAAACUUAUCUCUGUGUAUAAAUAGAUUGACUGAAAAUGACACAGGCAUCUUUAAGGUCACUUACUUCUCCAACCUUGCUCAACAAUUUGAAAAUCACCAAGUUAUUUUACAAGGAAUGAUUCCCACACCAGUGAUGACUGUGACACCAGAAAAUCGUUCCAGUCUUUUAGCAGAACUAUGUGACUUCACAGUGAACUGCUCCAUCCAGGAUGUCUGGCUGGGGUCCGUCUGUCACAGAAAUGGUUGCAGAACGUCUCAGGGGUCCUUCAGUAACGUCAACAUCACCGUCUUCAUCGAAAACACAGUUGUUGUCUGCAGCGGUAACAACCAUGUCAGCACACGUAACGUCUCACAAAACAUUCCCACGACGUGUUUUGUACAGACGAAUGUUGAACUUACACAGGAAUCACAAACUUUUCCUGAUAUAAUUUAUAUUAUUAUCAUAAUUAUUAUAAUUGUUGCUACAAUAUUCCUCAGUUUUGUUAUUGCCAGAAAAUAUUGGAAAUCCAAACAUAAUCAGGAGUCGACAUCUGUUGCCCAGUUAAUACAAAGCGGACCGCUGGAGGCCCAGCAGCCUUCCGAGCCCAGAGCCUCAACAUCUUCCAGUGAAGCGGACCCUUCAUAUGAGAACGUGGAAACCAACCAGCCCAGAGAGAUCAGCCUGCCAACACUUGAGCAGGUCUUCAGUGAGAGUCCGGGGGUAGACACCGUCUACAGCGUCCCCAGAAAGGCUGCGUCUUGUGUCAAAAGUGACAAGAAACAAGACGCAUUACAAGAUGGGAGCACGCACAAGACUUUGACUUCAGCGUGCGCCGAUGUAAAUAAGGACUGGAGCGACACACACACAGAAACCGUGUACAGUGUGCUGCAGAUGCCAAAUGUCUGAACACAUAGCACCACCAAGAGGACAAGCGUGAGUCUGACAAGCCAAGAGCAACUCAAACAACGAUAAGCCAGGAAGUGAACGCCAGAUGAAUUACGAUAACGGUGGAGAGUCUAUCUAAGUCAUUCUUGUGUAUAGCAGUGUUUUUACCAUGUCAUAAGGAAUAUGUCCUUCAGUCACUCCAGAGAUUUUUGGGAGUCUGUCUUGUGAUCACAUUUGUGAUCACAAGACAGACUUUGGGGGAUUGUGAUUGGUCGACACUUACACUUAUCCCAUAAUCUUACCUUCGUCAGCAAAGGUUUAUAAAUCAGUCUCUGUCCUCUGCUGCUCUGCAGUGAGAGGUUUGACUGACAGACCGGCCCACCAGGUCAGGGCUUCACGUUUACAGUUGAUAUUAAAACAAACCUUUAUCUGGGCUUUUUAAAAAAAUAUUUCCUCUUUCUUUUCUCCCUCCUUGAAGGAAGAGUCCUUUUUGAGACAUUGUUUUGCUAACUUAUCUUCUGACCGGAGCUUUGGACCUUUGGACAUUUGGACCUUUGGACCUUUGGACCUUUGGAUGCUCUCUGCAUAUUGCAGGGCAGCUCAUGUUGCUCAUGAAGCAUGCGGUACCUGCUGCGGCCACCAGAGGCCCCCAAGAGCAAUUUAUUUUUUUCUUUUUAUCAAUAAAAUGAUCUUUUCUACAUACAUUAAAUAUGUAUUAUUGUAAAAACAAAUCACUUCACAGUAAAAUUGUGUGUUUUUAAAAUUAGAAUGAUUAUUACAACAAAAAAAAAAUAUAUAUAUAAACAACAGCUUCACUGAGAUGCCCCUUAGUGACUUUGGGGCCCUAAUCGGCUGCUUAGUUUACUUUGCCUUGAGUCUAAUAUUUAUACACACUACAACAACAACAAAAAAGGAAGAUUAGAGAAAAACAUAGCUCUUCUUCACAGUCUUUAUCACUCGGAGGGCUUAGAAAGCACAAGUAAGUAUAAUUAAAAAAUAUAUAUAUUUCAGGAACUGAUUAUGAGUCUAAAAAAGGAGAACAGCAAAGUUGAUGCAAAGGCACAUGGUGCAUCAGAUCUUCUAAAUGCUAAUACGAGUGUUUCAGGUUUAGAGUCAUUAAGAUUUGACCAGGAAGUGGCAAAAUAAGGUGAACAAGCAGGAAAAGCAUACGGUGGAAAUGUUUUUCAGUAUCGCAGCAACUUGUACGAGCGUCAAGAGCCUCAUAACACUUCCCUUAAAUAAAUAAGCUCUGCAAUGUUUUUUAAACCAAUGGUUUUCUUAGGGCAUGUCAGAUGUGUGACAUGAACUUGUAAGUUCCUCCAAUAGUCAGGAAAUGUAACUAUGGUGACCAAUCGCCUGCAGUAAAAGGUGUUGCUGUAGUGUGAAUUCUUAGUAAAAAAGACGCAAACAAGCAAGUUAUAGACAGAAGUCUCAAACUUGUUCGUUCUCUAUCUGCUUUAUCUGUGACGUCUGCUUCUUCUUCUCAGUAGCCGUUCUCGAUGUCAGGAUGGGCCACAUCUUGCUCUGUGUGCUGGGCUUUUUCUGGUUCAAUGCACAUUUUGCUGGCUGUGCAGAAGUUUCCAUUAAACCCAGUGUGAUCCAACAUCCCAAAUGGACCCAGAUAUACAAAGGUGAACAAGUUACUCUGACAUGUGAGAUCCAGGGAGGCGGAGGAGCUGAGUGGACGUACGAAUGGAGACCAGCCAAUGAAAACUCUCCAAUGACAAAUGAAUGGAGGAUUAUUCCAGCUGUCAGUGGAGAUUACAGCUGCAGAGCUGAAAAAGACGAUAAUAAAACAGAAUGGAGUGAAGCCCUCAGACUGACAGUGUCAACAGAUAAACCCAGAGCCACACUGACAGCAGACCCAACAAUCAUACCAGCAGUGGGAAGCACAACACUGACCUGCUCUGUGGACGGAUCUGAUGACUGGAAGUUUGAGUGGUUCAGAGAUGAUGAACCAGUUCAGCUCAGAGGAACCAAUGAACAACAAAGUGACGUCAGUGUCUCAGAUGGAGGUGUCUACAGCUGCAGAGGACGAAGAGGAGAUCCAGUUUAUCAAACGGAAGAAAGCGAAGAAGUCUCUGUUCUAAAAACCGUUUCCAAGCCGACUGUGAUCCUUCAACCCAGAGGGUCUGUUGUAUAUAAAGGAGAGAAAGUCACUCUGAGAUGUGAGAUCAAGGAAGGAGGAAGAACUCAGUGGACAAAUGAAUGGAGAAAAAACAAUAGAAACAUUCAAAGAAGAUCCAGUGAAUACAGCAUCAAUGAAGUCUCUGAAUAUCACAGUGGAGUUUACAGAUGUAUGGCUACAGGAGAUCAUCAACAAACAGAAUGGAGUGAUGGCAUCACACUGACAGUGAAACCAUAUAAACCCAGAGCCACACUGACAGCAGACAUAAGAAUCAUACCACUAGAGGGCAGCACAACACUGACCUGCUCUGUGGACGAAUCUGAUGACUGGAAGUUUGACUGGUUCAGAAAUGAUCAACAAUAUUCUGCAGCGAGAGGAAACAGAGAUCCAAACAGAGUUAUCUAUGUCUCAGCGGGAGGAGAGUACAGCUGCAGAGGAAGAAGAAAAUAUUCAAGUUUUCAAACUGAAAUAAGUGAUAAAAUCUCUGUUGUGAAAAUUGUUCCCAAGCCGACUGUGAACCGACAACCCAGUGGGUCUGUUGUAUAUAAAGGAGAGAAAGUCACUCUGAGAUGUGAGAUCAAGGAAGGAGGAAGAACUCAGUGGACAAAUGAAUGGAGAAAAAACAAUAGAAACAUUCAAAGAAGAUCCAGUGAAUACAGCAUCAAUGACGUCUCUGAAUAUCACAGUGGAGUUUACAGCUGUAUGGCUGCAGGAGAUCAUCAACAAACAGAAUGGAGUGAUGGCGUCACACUGACAGUGAAACCAGAUAAACCCAGAGCCACACUGACAGCAGACAGAACAAUCAUACCAGCAGGGGGCAGCAUAACACUGACCUGCUCUGUGGACGAAUCUGAUGACUGGAAGUUUGAUUGGUUCAGAAAUGAUCAACAAUAUUUUGCACCCCGGUUCAGAGGAAACAAAGAUCCAUUCAGAGUUAUCUCUGUCUCAGAGAGAGGUCUCUACAGCUGCAGAGGAGGAAGAGGAAAUCCAGUUUUUCAUACAGAAACAAGCAACAUUCAGAAAAUUGUGUCUGCGCCGACUGUGAAGCGGCAUCCCAGCUGGCCUGUCGUAUUCAGAGGAGAGACGGUCACUCUGAGAUGUGAGAUGGAGGACGAUGAAGGAACUCAGUGGACGUAUCAAUGGAGUCCAGCCAAUAGAAACUCUCCAACAUCCAAUGAAUACAGGAUCAACAGCGUCUCUGAGUCUGACAGUGGGAGUUACUAUUGCAGGGCUAGUAAAGGAGAUCAGAACUCAGGCUGGAGUUUUCCCUUUCCACUGACAGUGAAAUCAAAUCGACCCAAAGCCUCACUAACAGCAAGUGAUAACAUCAUACCAGCAGGGGGCAGAGUAACACUGACCUGCCUUAUUGACAUUGGAGUUGGCUGGAAGUUUGACUGGUUCAAACUGGAGUCAGAUUCUUCUGCAGCUCAGUCCAUCAGAACCAGUGAAUCAGACGGAGUCCUCUUCAUCUCAGAGGGAGGAGAGUACGGCUGCAGAGGAGGAAGAGGAGAUCCAGUUUUCUACACUGAAACCAGCGGAAAGGUCACUAUUGAGAAAAGAGCGUCUCGCCCUCAGCCUGUCCUCUCUGUGUCUCCAUCAUGGCCGAAUCCUGGAGCCUCAGUGACUCUGAGCUGUGAGGGUUUGGAGCUUCAAUCAGCAGGAUGGAGGUUCUUCUGGUAUAAAGCUGUUCCAAACCCAAUCAGCAGUUCCUACAGCUUUGAGCUGCUGCCUAACACCAUCAAUGGGACUGAGCAGAACUCCUUCAUCAUUAAUGGACCGACUCAAACAGCAGGAUAUCAGUGCAGAGCAGGAAGAGGAGAACCAAAGUUUUACACUCGUGACAGUGAAGUAAAGUUUGUUUGGUCUGCAGACUCUCAUCCAGCAGCUUCUCUCUCAGUGAGUCCUGACAGAGUUCAACAUUUCAUUGAUCAGUCUGUCACACUGAACUGCAGUGGGAAUGACACCAAGUGGAGAGUGAAGAGGUUUACAGAAUCAACCAGUCCAUCAUAUGUUCAGUGCUUCAACUGGGAGAUGAUGUCUGGAUCCUCAUGUACCAUUAACAGACUGGAGGUUCACAGUGGAGUUUACUGGUGUGAGUCUGGAUCAGGAGAAUUCAGCAAUGCAGUCAACAUCACUGUACAAGGAACUGUAUCCAGUCCUGUCAGCUCUUCAUUUCCUGGGAUGUUGAUCGUUCGACUGCUUGUUGUAAUCACUCUUGGUUUUCUCCUGCUGUUGAUGAUGUUGCGCUGCAGACAGUAUUUAUGGUGCUUCAGGUCAAAGGCCAGCAGUCAGAGCUCGACCACAAAUCAAGGACCCAAACUGGGAGAGAGCCAAGUUUACAGCUCUCUGCUACACGGUGAUGCUUCUGAAUACGAGUCGAUCCAACCAGCCACUAUGAAUAGUAAGUCCAAUUCCUUUAAGAACGUCAAGAUGCAGCGACCGACUGAUUUCAGUAGUAAGACUUCCAGGAUUUGAGAUUAAAAUCCAAAAUAUUUCAGAAACAGAUUAAUUCCAGGCUCUUGUUUUAGAAGAUUAAGGCUUUAAAAAUGAGCAUUCCUCCAAAACAUCAAAAACAAAUGAACAUAUUUCCCACGGUGUUCCUGUGAAAUAUUGUGAAAAUCAGGAUCAGCAUCAUGGAACACAAUCAGCGAGAAUAAAGUGGUUACGUUCAAUUUAUGUAUUUGUUUUACCUUAAUCGUGCAUCAUUUAGUUUUUGUUGAUGAUUUGUUGC